GAUGUUCCCCACGCCUCCCUCGCUGGAGCAGCACAUCUCUGGCUACUCGCCCAUGAACGCCUGCGGUAAGGACGGCAGCGGGGACAUCUCCGGCAUGACCUCGCUGGAGGGUGGUGGCCUCUUCAAGAUGGAGGUGGAGGAGCGCUUCUGCAGCCCAAAGCCCUGCGAGAUCAAGGACUUCUCCUUCGUGUACAAGCCGGAGCUGUGGCAGCCGUUCUUGGGCUGCUCCAUGUUCGCGCCCCUCAAGCUGCUGCCCAGCCAGUGUCUGCCCCCCAUCAAGCUGCCCGAGGAGUGCUCCUACCGGCCCAGCUGGGCCAUGGGCCGGGACCUGCUCCACCCAGGGCCCCUCAUGGCCUUCCUCAACAAGGACGGCAACAUCCCGAGCGUGGGCAGCGGGCCGGAGCAGGACUACGCCCAGAGCUACACUCCGCAGACGCACACGCCCUUCAUGUCCAACAGCGCCCCGCCCAGCAACAGCUGCACGGGCAUCCUCCCCUCGCCGGCCACGCCCCGCUUCUCGGCGCCCACGCCGCGCACGCCCCGCACGCCGCGCACCCCCCGGGGGCCCGGCAGCGUCCAGAGCUCCUCCCUCAAGUACGACAACUCGGAGCUGUACUCGCCGGCCGCCUCCACGCCCUCCACCUGCCGGCCCCCCAACUCGGUGGAGCCCCCCACCGUGCCCUCGGUGCCGGAGGCGCACAGCCUCUACGUCACGCUCAUCCUCUCGGAGUCGGUCAUGAACCUCUUCAAGGACUGCAACUUCGACAGCUGCUGCAUCUGCGUGUGCAACACCAGCAUCGCCGGCGCCGACGCGGGCGUGUACCUCAGCGACCCGUCGGGCGAGCCCCAGGAGCCGUGCAGCUGCGGCUUCAGCGCGGUGGUCAACCGCCGCUACGGCAACGGCUCGGGCCUCUUCCUGGAGGACGAGCUGGACGUGGCGGGCCGCGGCUCGGACGUGUGCCGCGAGGCGGAGCGCCGCUUCGAGGAGCUGCGGCGUGCGGCCCCCGCGAGGGCGGGGGCGCGGGCCGGCGGCGAGCAGCUCCCCGAGGAGCUGAUGCUGCUGCUGCAGGAGCAGUGCACCAACCCCUUCACGCCGCUGGCCCGGCCGGAGCCCCGCGCCAACUGCGGCGGCGGCGGCGGCGGGGCGGGGGGAGGCGGGGCCGGGGCGGGCUACGGGGCGGGGGGGCGCUGCGGGGCCCCGCCCUGCAUCCGCGUGGAGGAGCGGGACUACCGCAACGACUGCUACAUGGCGCUGGAGCACGGCCGGCAGUUCAUGGACAACAUGUCGGGGGGGAAGGUGGACGAGGCGCUGGUGAAGAGCACGUGUCUGCACCACUGGGCCAAGCAGGACGCCGUGGACGCCAGCGCCCUCUGCUCCCAGGACGUCCUGCGGGUGCUCAUGUCCCUGCAGCCCGUGCUGCAGGACGCCAUCCAGAAGAAGAGGACGGUGCGCUCCUGGGGCGUCCAGGGGCCCCUCACCUGGCAGCAGUUCCACAAGAUGGCCGGACGGGGCUCCUACGGCACAGACGAGUCCCCGGAGCCGCUGGCCAUCCCCACCUUCCUGGUGGGCUCCGAGUACGACUUUGUGGUGCUGUCGCCGUUCGGCCUGCCCUACUGGGAGAAGCUGUCGCUGGACCCCUUCGGCUCCCAGCGGGACGUGGGCUACCUGGUGCUGUGCCCCGACAGCGAGGCCCUGCUGGCCGGAGCCAAGACCUUCUUCCGGGACCUCACCGCCGUCUAUGAGUCGUGCCGGCUGGGCCAGCACCGGCCCAUAUCCAAGGGCCACCCCGACGGUCUGGUUCUGGUGGGCAGCGCCGCCCAGAGGCAGUCGGAGCGGCCUGUCAGCGACUGGUUCCUCAAGAUGGCCGGCAGCAGCGACGCCUUCUCCAAACUCAAACUCUAUGCACAAGUGUGCCGCCACGACCUCGCGCCAUACCUCGCCGCACAGCCUUUGGACGGCUCGCUCCUCACGCAGUCCAACCCCCAGCCCGCCUCCACGCAGACGUCCAGCACCUCCUCCUCUUCCUCCAACCCCUCGGCCCCCACCGGUGGCUCGGCGUUGCCCAACAACAACAGCAACAACAACAACAGCGGCUCCAGCAACGCGGUGAACGCCGCAUCAGGCCAGGGCCUGCCGUCGGCCAAGCCCGGCUCCUUCCCUCCCUUCGGGGCCCCCGGCGCCGCCGGGCCGACCACGGGGCCGCAGGCUGGUCCCCAGAACGCCGGCAUCUCAGGGGAUAGCAGCCAGACGCAGGGGCCAAGCGAGCCCCUAGAGAGCACUUUGGACAGGGACAAGGUGGGAGUGCCCACGGACGGGGAGUCCCACGCCCUGGCAUACCCUCCAGCCAUCAUGGUCUACAUCGUGGACCCCUUCAGCUACGAGGAGGACGAGGGCUCGCCCCACUCCGGCGUCUGGACCCUGGGUCUCCUCCGCUGCUACCUGGAGAUGCUGCAGUUCCUGCCCCCUCACAUCCUCAACUCCAUCUCCGUGCAGAUCAUCCCCUGCAGGUACCUGCUCCAGUCAGUGCGCGGGGAGGAGCACCACAUCUACGCCCAGCACCUCAAGUCCCUGGCCUUCUCCGUCUUUGCCCAAUGCCGGCGGCCCCUCCCGACCACCACCAACGUCAAGUCGCUGACGGGCUUCGGCCCCGGGCUCGCCAUCGACACCGCCCUCAAGAGUCCGCAGAGGCCAGAGUGUCUGCGGCUGUACACGCCCCCUUUCAUCCUGGCGCCGGUGAAGGAGAAGCAGGCGGACCCGGGGGAGAAGUACAACGUGCUGUUCGUGGCCUACUGCCUGUCCCACGACCAGCGUUGGCUGCUGGCCACUUGCACCGACCUGUACGGGGAGCUGCUGGAGACGUGCAUCGUCAGCAUCGACGUGCCCAACAGGGCGCGCAGGAAAAAAGGGUCGGCCAGAGGGCUGGGCCUGCAGAAGCUCUGGGAUUGGUGCUUGGGGCUGGUGCAGAUGACCUCGGUGCCCUGGAGGGUGGUGAUUGGACGUCUGGGGCGGAUGGGCCACGGCGAGUUGAAAGACUGGACCUUUCUGCUGAGCAGGAGGAACCUCCAGUCGCUGAGUCGGCGUCUCAGAGAGAUGUGUCACAUGUGUGGCAUCUCCGCCUCGGACACUCCCAGCAUCCUCAGCGUGUGCCUGGUCGCCAUAGAGCCCCAGGGAUCCUUCGUCAUCAUGCCAGACUCUGUGUCGACGGGCUCCGUGUUCGGCCGCAGCACCACGCUCAACAUCCAGACGUCGCAGCUGAGCACGCCGCAGGACACGUCGUGCACGCACAUCCUGGUGUUCCCUACCUCAGCCUCGGUCCAGGUGGCCAGCUCCAACUACACCAGCAUCGACAACAACAUCGACAUCCUCAACACUACCAACGGUGAGCCGGACCCCAUCGGGAUCCUGGGCCUGUUGGAAACGGAGAGCGAGCUGGUGGACACUGAUAUCAUCAACAUCUCCCCGACCAACUCGCCGGUCCACUCCCCCGGGUCCCACUACCACCACGGAGGGGACGGCAGCAAGGGCCAGAGCACGGACCACGACGAGGUCCCGCUCCUCCAGCAGCCCCUGGCCCUGGGCUACUUUGUGUCCACCGCCAAGGCCGGCCCGCUUCCCGACUGGUUCUGGUCGGCCUGUCCGCAGGCUCAGAACCAGUGUCCGCUGUUCCUCAAGGCCUCCUUGCACCUCCAUGUGUCUUCAGUGCAGUCAGAUGAACUUCUGCACAGCAGCAAACACUCCCACCCGCUUGACUCCAACCAGACCUCAGAUGUGCUCAGAUUUGUGCUGGAGCAGUACAACGCCCUCUCCUGGCUGACGUGUGACCCCGCCACGCAGGACCGCCGCUCCUGCCUGCCCAUCCACUUUGUGGUCCUCAACCAGAUGUACAACUUCAUCAUGAACAUGUUGUAGCCCCGCGCCAUGCACAGGGAGACACAGGGACACACUCGUGUGUGUGUGUGUGUGUGUGUGUGUGUGUGUGUGUGUGUGUGUGUGUGUGUGUGUGUGUGUGUGUGUGUGCGUGUGCGUGCUUGAGAGAUGAGAGGAAGGAGAUGGAUGAUUUUAAGAAAAGGGGGCGGGACCUGGCACAAGCUUUGGGCUGCUGCUAUUGGUGUGACAGCCCUGUCCCCCGUGAAGGUAACGCGCUCACAGACAAAUCCAAGAAGGAACAAGAGAAACCGAAGAAAAGAAACCGAAAGCCGAAUCUACAUCGACAAUGAUUAAAGUGAGAGGAUAUGCUGAUUGGUUGCACAGUCUUUCGUCAGUUUGGGCUGAAGAAAUCAUGUCUGUAUUUGCCAAGUCGUUUGAAGAAAAAGGGACAUAUGUGAUUGGAAAUAUUACUCAAGAAUGGAUAUUUCAUUUUUAAAACCCAAAUUACCUUUCUAUUCCUUUGGAUGAUAUUGUAUCCAAGAGAAAUGCCUGCAACUAUCUUAUUUAUUGUAAGUUUCUAAGUGUAUAAUUUGUCUUAUUUCUUAACAUCUUUUAUAUAUGAAAUGGAGAAGGUUUGUAUCACCUUCCGGCUUUAAAGCAAUUGGUCUAAGAUGUUAUCGUCUUAAUAAGAAAACCACAGGAAAAAAUCCUAUAAAAAUUCAAUACAAUUGCAGUAGGUCGCUUUUAGAGUAUUAUUUUUUGUAAUGGAGAUGAACUAUUUGUAUUGUCACAAUGUACAGAAGAGUUAUGAGUGAAUAAUUAUGUUCCAUGCCUUUGAGCAUGAAGGAUUUACAGCGACGCUGUAGCGACAGAGGACUUGUACAGCAAUGAAGUUCACUGUGUCCAACUAAAGAGGUACAUGAUCGGAUAUAGUAUUUUAUACAACACAUUUAGACUCAAAAACCAAACGGCAAUAUAUAAAUAUAUAUAUAUAUAUAUAAAAUAUAUAAAUAGAUAUAUAUAAAUGCCAUGCCAGCGACAGGUGGUGCGGCUUUGUUUUAGGAAUAAAGUGCGUCGAACUUGAUACUUUAUCCGUGCUUGUGUUCAUUGCUUUGGGGAAUUAUGCGGGAUUAUGAUGUGCAAUCAGAGCAGAUCACAUGGUGGAGUUGAGAGGAACUAUUGGUCUGUCUUGUUACUAAGUAUCUGAACUCAGGUUUGUUUAGGAUUUUUUAGGAAAAGAUUUGGAAUGUAAAGUGGGAAUAAAAGUGUGCUUUUCAUCAGA